AUCGCGGUUCGAGUUGGUGUGCGUUUGACUUUUAUUGCUGCUCGUCGUCGUCGAACGUCACUUGUCGCGGUUUUCGGUACAAAUUCAGAUUGAUUGCAUUUGUGUCGCAGUCCCAUCAGCUCGCGAUCUGCGAUUCGCCUCUAAGUUCCGCUCUUAAGAGACGACGGUAAAGUUUCGAACUCGAUCCGACGACCAGCUUCCAUUGGGCGCUUAGGAGUGCUUGUUCCCGUGUGCGCUAGCAGAAGAAGAACAGAAGACGGAAGAUGAUGCUCGCCACGGCUGCCGUUCGCGGAUUGACCCGCCGUUCGUUUUCGACCUCGAAAGUCCUUUCCGCCCAGCAGCUGACCGUCCGCGAUGCCCUUAACUCGGCCCUGGACGAGGAGAUGGAACGGGACGAGCGGGUGUUCCUGCUCGGCGAGGAAGUUGCCCAGUAUGACGGUGCCUACAAGGUGUCCCGAGGUCUGUGGAAAAAGUACGGCGACAAGCGGGUAAUCGAUACGCCCAUCACCGAGAUGGGUUUCGCCGGUAUUGCCGUCGGCGCUGCCUUCGCCGGUUUGCGUCCGGUGUGCGAGUUCAUGACCUUCAACUUCUCCAUGCAAGCCAUCGAUCAGGUCAUCAACUCGGCGGCCAAAACAUUCUACAUGUCGGCCGGUACGGUCAACGUUCCGAUCGUUUUCCGCGGCCCGAACGGUGCCGCCGCCGGUGUAGGAGCUCAGCAUUCGCAGUGCUUCGGCGCGUGGUACUCACACUGCCCGGGACUUAAGGUGAUUUCGCCGUACGACAGCGAAGAUGCCAAGGGACUGAUGAAGGCUGCCAUUCGAGAUCCAGAUCCAGUGGUGUGUCUGGAGAACGAAAUGCUGUACGGUGUUGGAUUCCCGGUGUCCGACCAGGUGCUGGAUAAGGAAUUCGUACUGCCUAUCGGUAAGGCUAAGAUCAUGCGACCGGGCAAGCAUAUCACCUUGGUGGCUCACUCCAAGGCCGUGGAGAACGCCCUGCAGGCUGCCAACGAACUGGCGGGCAAGGGCGUCGAGUGCGAGGUGAUCAAUCUGCGUUCGUUGCGUCCACUGGACACCGAGACGAUAUUCAAGUCGGUUCAGAAGACUCACCACUUGGUGACAGUUGAACAGGGUUGGCCACAAAGCGGUAUUGGAUCUGAGAUUUGUGCUAGAAUCAUGGAACACGAAACGUUCUUCCAUUUGGACGCUCCGGUAUGGCGUGUGACAGGAGUGGACGUCCCGAUGCCUUAUGCCAAAUCGCUGGAAGCGGCGGCACUGCCACAGACACACGAUGUUGUUACUGCAGUUAAUAAAGUGUUAGGUAUUAAGUAAGGACGGUGACAAAACGAAAGAGAGAGAGAAGUCUUCGAUCGAACCAUACUACUACAAAAGAGUAACUACACCGUACCAAGUCACAAGACGUUCGCUCUGCGUGUAGGCGGGGCCUCCGUUUUAGAUCACCGAGCGAGGGUUUCAAAGAUAUUUGCUAGGUUGAAUGAUUUUAUUUUACUUGAUUGGGUUAACUUAUUUUUCCUAUCUUCUUAAACAUCAAAAUCGAAAAAAAUGAGCAUGUCGAACGAUCGAUUGGAUGGCUAAAUAUAUUGUAGGCCUCAAAAGUAUUCUCUACUCUAAAGACAUCUUGUGAUUCUCAAUAGUGCGCAACUCAAAUACAUAUAAACUCUUAGUUAAAUUUCUUUGUCAAAAUUUCAAAUCGUUCAUUUUAAUCAUCAAUAGGUUCGACCAAGUGCAAGUCUUCUUACAUUUUAAGGAAAGGAAACUGUUGGUUGGUAGAAGUUUAGAGCCUCGCUGCACAGGAAACGCAAACGAUUGUGCUUACAAAAAGUCAGGAUAUUAAUCAUGUAGCUGUUAAACGAAUGUAAAUAGAACUGAAAGCCACAACGACACCGUUAUUACUAACAGACCGCCCACCCAUGUCACCCUGUCUGAUCCCUUAUCGAUAUUCCUUCGAUCACCCAGUGUAUCGUAGUUUCCAACACGUUAUGAUUUUAGUUUCCUUUCCACUAAUGGGAUCCGCUUCUAGUCGAAGCGCUCUUAUUUUGGAGACAUUGCCAACAUCAAAUAUAAUUUUGAAAAUAGAAAAA